AUGGCACCGGCAUGGGCCUUUACGAAAGCAUCUGCAAGUAUAGCAAACGAGUUGAUAGAAUUCGGAGGUUCCCCGGGCUUGAAUUCGCUCGGUUCCAUGGAAACUUAUUCAUCCCUCCGAGUAUUUUCCCAUUACUGCUCGGGUUCGACCCUGUUAGGGCGUGGCUCUGGUUCUGUAACUGUGCUAUCGCCGCUUACUGAGCCUGCAACAUUUCGAAAAUCAACUGCAGGCUUACCUCAUCACCUUCACCUUUGGGUGCCUCUCGAGCCGCUGGCCGGGGUCCCCCGCGAAUGCUGUUUUCUGGAUCAGUCGUAUUCUUAUCCUACACCCUUUAUUUUUCCCCUACUACCUCUCCUCCUAUCCUCUGCCCUCUACUCUUUUCCUNGAGAAGAAGAGAAAGCCUUUGAAAAUGCAAUUGCUAUUCAUUGGAUUGAGGACUCCAAAUUACAGUGGCAAAAGAUUGCUUCUAUGGUUCCAAGUAAAACCAUUGAAGAACUAAAACACCAUUACCAACUGUUAGUGGAUGAUGUUACUGCCAUUGAAGCUGGCAAUGUUCCAAUUCCCAUUUACACAGGAGAGGAAACAUCUUCAUCAACCAAAGAUAGCAACCAUGGCUAUUCUGGAUUAUCGACCGGGCGGUCCAAUUGUAGUUAUGUAAAUGGAUUUUCAGCUAGUGUACAUGACCAAAUUGGCCAAGGAGGAAAAGGAAGUUCCAAGUCUGAACAAGAAAGAAGAAAAGGAAUACCUUGGACUGAAGAAGAGCAUAGGUUAUUCUUGCUUGGUUUAGAUAAGUUUGGAAAGGGAGACUGGAGAAGUAUUUCAAGGAAUUAUGUGAUUUCUAGAACACCAACUCAAGUGGCUAGUCAUGCCCAAAAGUACUUUAUCCGAUUAAAUUCCAUGAAUAGAGAUAGGAGAAGAUCCAGCAUACAUGACAUUACAAGUGUCAACAAUGGAGAGGUUGCUACAAAUCAGACCCCUAUAACAGGCCAACAAACCAAUCCAAGCCCAUCAAAUGCAGUUGGACCCAGUGUCGGGCAAAGAAACCAGCCCAAUAUGCAUGGUUUGGGUAUGUAUGGUGCUCCGAUGGGUCAUCCGGUGGCUGCUCCACCGAGCAGCCACGUGUCAGCAGUCGGAACACCGGUCAUGCUUCCUCCCGGACAUCAUCCACAUUAUGUUCUUCCAGUUGGAUAUCACAUGCCGCCACAUCCUCCUCCGCCCAUGCACCAUCAAUAAAAGGACAACCCGGUGCAGUAAGCUCCUGCUAUGUGCGGGAUCCGGGUAAGGGGCGGAUCACAAGGGUCUUCGUACGCAGCCUUACCCUGUAUGCAGCCUUACGUUGUUGUUUCCACGGCUUGAACCCGUGACCUCCUGGUCACAUGACAGCAACUUUACCAGUUACGCCAAGGCUCCCCUUCACUCAUGCACCAUCAGUAAAUGCCACACUUUCAGAGUCAAGAUGAUUUUGAGCUUUCACAUGGAAUGUGGAUUUUGAAAGACUCAUGAUAUGUUUCUAAAUGUCAAAAAUGAUCUUAGUAUUAAGUCUUUACUAUGACCUAAAUUGAGCAAUUUGUAAAUACUAGACGGUAGAUGCUUGUUGACCAUGUUCAGUCAUUUUCCACUGAAUAAUCAUUGGUUUUGCAGUUUCUAAGAA